UUGUUUUCAGGUGAAGCUGUUUAUGUAGAUGAUAUUCCAUCUCCACUGGACUGUCUAUAUGGAGCAUUCAUUUAUAGUACACGACCUUUUGCAAGGGUAAAGGGCAUCAGUUUUAAGUCUAAUUUACUACCAAAUGGGGUUGUCGAUGUUAUCACUUUCAAAGAUGUCCCUAGCCGAGGGGAAAAUAUAGGGUCCAAAACCAUGUUUGGCCCAGAACCUCUAUUUGCUGAUAAUUUUACCAGAUGUGCGGGUGAUCGAAUUGCUUUUGUGGUUGCAGACAGUCAAAAGCAUGCAAAUGCAGCAGCAGACAUGGCUAUUGUUGAGUAUGAUAUUGAAAACUUGGAUCCUCCUAUCUUAACAGUUGAGGAUGCUGUUAAAAAAUCAAGCUUUUUUGAAGUCCCUUCAAUCAUAUCCCCAAAAGGUGUUGGUGAUUUUUCUAAAGCAAUGGCCGAAUCAGAGCACAAGAUUAUCUCAGCAAAGAUUAGUCUCGGGUCACAAUACUACUUCUAUAUGGAGACACAGACUUCUCUAGCAGUUCCAGAUGAAGACAAUUGCAUGCUUGUCUAUAGUUCAAGUCAGUGCCCAGAAUCUGCACAAAGCGUGAUUGCCAGCUGCUUGGGUGUUCCUGAGCAUAAUAUCCGGGUGAUUACAAGAAGGGUUGGAGGAGGCUUUGGUGGCAAGGCAGUUAGAGCUAUGCCUGUUUCCACAGCAUGUGCACUUGCUGCUCACAAAUUGAACCGCCCCGUCAGGAUAUACCUGGAUCGGAAGACUGACAUGAUCAUGGCAGGGGGAAGGCAUCCCAUGAAAGUAACAUACACUGUUGGAUUUAUGUCCAGUGGAAAGAUCACGGCCUUACAUCUCAACAUUCUAAUCAAUGCGGGGAUUACAACAGACAUAAGUCCCGUCAUACCAAUGAACAUGAUAGGGGCAAUUAAGAAAUACAAUUGGGGUGCCCUCUCUUUUGAUGUUAAGGUGUGCAAGACGAACCAUUUUAGCAAGUCAGCGAUGAGGGGACCCGGUGAGGUACAAGGAAGUUUUAUUGCUGAAGCUGUAAUGGAACAUGUAGCAGCUGUACUCUCAAUGAACGUGGAUUCUAUCAGAACAAAAAACCUUCACACUUUUGAAAGCCUUGAUUUAUUCUACGGGCAUUGUGUGGGUGGGUUAGUGGACUACACUUUGCCAAACAUUAUGGAGAGAUUGAGCAGAUCUUCAAACUUGUUAGAAAGAAGUGAGAUGAUUGAGCGAUUCAACCAGGAAAAUGCAUGGAAGAAAAGGGGCAUUUCUAGGGUCCCAGUUGUGAUUCACGUUAUACACAGACCAACUCCAGCAAAAGUGAGCAUUUUGCAUGAUGGGUCAGUGGUGGUUGAGGUUGGUGGGAUUGAAUUGGGACAAGGGCUAUGGACAAAGGUAAAACAGAUGGCUGCUUACGGACUUGGUUUGACUCAUUGUGAUCACACAGAUGUGCUUGUGGAUAAAAUACGGGUUGUACAGUCAGACACGUUAAGCUUGGUACAAGGCGGUUUUACUGCGGGAAGCACCACAUCAGAAUCAAGCUGUGAAGCUGUAAGGCUUUGUUGCAACAUUUUGGUUGAAAGGCUGAAGCCGGUGAAGGAAAAGUUGCAGGAACAACUAGGGUCAGUUGAUUGGACUACACUUGUUCUCCAGGCACAUGAUGCAGCUGUGAACUUGGGGGUGAAUUCAUACUAUGUUCCGGACUACAAUUCCAUGAGUUAUUUGAAUUACGGGGCGGCUGUUAGUGAGUGCAGGUAGAAAUAGAUGUUCUGACGGGAGAAUCCAGAAUUAUGCGAACAGAUAUAAUAUAUGAUUGUGGACAGAGCUUAAACCCUGCUGUGGAUUUGGGACAGAUUGAAGGAGCAUUUGUGCAAGGAGUGGGGUUUUUCAUGCUCGAAGAAUAUGUAUCAAACAAGGAGGGGUUGGUGGUUUCUGAUGGAACUUGGACAUAUAAGAUCCCAACCAUUGACUCUAUCCCGCAACAAUUCUAUGUUGAUGUACUCAACAGUGGGCAUCACCAUAAUCGUGUCCUUUCAUCUAAAGCCUCAGGAGAGCCACCACUUCUUCUGGCAGCUUCAGUCCACUGUGCAACAAGAGCAGCAAUCAAGGCGGCCAGGAAACAGGCCAAAGCUUGGGGCAAGAAGCUACACGACGAUGAUUACGGCCUUGACUCUCACUUCCAUUUGGAGGUUCCUGCCGUCAUGCCAGUCGUCAAGACACAUUGUGGCUUGGAUUACGCUGAGAAGUUCCUCGAAUUUUUUCUUGCCCAAAAGCUGUAGAAAUAAAAACCUGGAUGAUUCUUCAAAAUCUGUAACUAUGCAUAGUUAUAGAUCUAUACGUAUAUAAUUAUUAUUUACUGAAGUUACCUUAAACUGGAGUUGAACCAAUCAAGCAACUUUAUUCGUUAAAAUCGAACUAACAAAGAAGUCAAAGUA